CAAUCCUGGUUGCCACGUAACCCAUCUCCCCAACCUCUCUAUAUAUAUUAAGUACUCCCAUUUCCACUCAUUCUCUCCCCCAAACAACCAACCCACUUUCAUGGCGGCGGCUGGCCGGCUCCGCGACACAACCGAUUCGCACUUCCGCGGCGUCAGGAAGCGCCCCUGGGGCCGCUUCGCCGCCGAGAUCAGGGAUCCCGCCAAGAAGAGCCGCGUCUGGCUCGGCACUUUCGACACGGCCGAGGAGGCCGCCCGCGCCUACGACGCCGCCGCCCGCCGAUUCCGCGGACACAAGGCCAAGACCAACUUCCCUCCUCCGACCAGCCUCAGCCAGAGCAGCACCGUCGACUCCAACCUUCUGCACCUCACCCUCGGCCGUCCGGCGAUGCUCAAUCUCCGCCCCGAGUCGCGGCAGGAAACUAUACAAGUGAUUAACCAAAUGCGGCGCCCCACGGUGGAUUUCCUAGGGAGCGAUUCAGACUCGUCUUCGGCCGUGGUGGACAUGCCGGGUAGAGGCAUCGUUCUUGAUCUCAACCUCCCUCCCCCGGAAUAUAUAUAUAGUUAGGUGGAGGAAUUUGUAUCCCUUUCGUAAUAAAAAUAGAAAAGAAAAACAAAAAUUUUAGAUGGUUAAUUGUAGACGAGAUCGAAGACCGUCGGAUGUCAAUAGUUAGAAUAUGUCCCAUUUUCCGCCGGGAUUUGGGGUUUGUUGUUUUCUUAUCAAUGGAAUGCUAUUUCAGCCGUCAGCUUACAAAA